CGUACCUUCAAGUAUGAAACAGCUUUGAUGUUGGAUUCCAUCAAACUGGUCUCCUCGGUCCUCAGUGACGUCAGCAGUUCAAAGGUCAAACGUUGGUUGACCUCAUUUCAAAAGUUCACAACACAAUUUGACUGCGAUAGAGAGGGCGUGAGUGCAUGGGAGGAUGGAGAUGACGUCAUGAAACAUCUUAUGACGACAGAUUUCUACGGGGCGACAGGUCACGUCAAAUUCGAUGACUCCUCUCUUAGGUCUGAUGUCAAAAUGGACGUCAUGGAGGUCUCAAACAUACGCCAGCUUUAUAGGAUGGGUAGCUGGAGUUCAGAAGGGGGCAUAAGCAUUCACGAGUACCCCCCACCUCGGCUCCGGGAGAAGAUGAGAUUUGCCCCUCUAACAAACAGGACCAGAUUCAUCACAUCCAUCCUGGGCGCUCCGUACUUUAUGAAACGUGAGUUGUCCGUUGAGCCAGAAGAUCCCAACGAUUUUUAUGAAGGUUACUGCCCUGAACUUGCUCAAAAAAUUGCUAAAAGAAUUGGCUUCACGUACAUUAUCAGACCUGUGAAGGAUGGAAAGUUCGGAGCCACAGAUGAUAACGUCACAUGGAAUGGAAUGAUUGGAGAACUUGUGAGAAAGGAAGCUGACAUGGCAAUAGCACCACUGACGAUAACAUCUGCGCGUGAGAGAGUCGUUGAUUUCAGCAAACCAUUUAUGAGUCUCGGAAUUAGCAUCAUGAUUAAAAAAAUAACAAAGGAAAAUCCUGGCAUCGUCGGUUUUAUGAAGCCUCUCUCUCACGAAAUUUGGAUGUGCGUAUCUUUUGCGUACAUCGGAGUAAGUGUGGUCCUCUUCCUCGUGGCCAGGUUCAGUCCAGGCGAAAAAAGCAGCGGAUCAUCUCGAUCCGGAGUGGACUACUUUGCCAUCAGGGUCGACGACAGGAUCACCAUCUUCAACAGUCUGUGGUUCUCACUUGGUGCAUUCAUGCAGCAGGGAUGCGAUGUCGAACCAAAGUCUCUGCCUGGAAGAAUCGUGGGAAGUGUGUGGUGGUUCUUCACCCUCAUCAUCAUCAGCUCCUACACAGCCAACCUGGCGGCUUUCCUAACGCAGGAACGAAUGCAGAGUCCCAUCGAAUCCGCCGAUGACCUAGCCAAGCAGACGGAGAUCAAAUACGGGAGUGUCGAUUCAGGAUCGACGAAAGAUUUUUUUAAGACGUCAAGCAUAUCAGUGUACGAACGCAUGUGGGCAUUUAUGUCAUCCAACAAUCCAACUGUCAUCUUCGUCAAAACAAAUGAUGAAGGUGUGGACAGGGUUCGAACAAGCAAAGGCAAGUACGCCUUCCUGGCAGAAUCAACAACUGUUGACUACUACAACCAGAGGAAGCCCUGCGACACCAUGAAGGUGGGAGGCAACUUGGACUCGAAAGGUUAUGGCAUCGGAAUGCAGCAAGGAUCUGAUCUCAAAGACAGAAUAACAUUAACAGUGCUGGAACUGCACGAAGGUGGAGAGCUGACAAAGCUGGAAACAAAAUGGUGGCAGGAAAAGGGUGAAUGUCCUGUGAAGGAGGUCACUCUAAAAAAAUUGACGAGCAGUUUGAAACUGCAGAAUACUCUCGGGAUCUUCUACAUCCUGAUAGCUGGACUGGUAUUGGCUUUGAUCCUUGUCGUCCUCGAGAUAUCUUACGCUAGUAAGAUGGAGUCUACAAGGAGACGGGUACAUUUUUUGUUUCUAAACUGUACAGGUGGUUGA